CCCUUUUUUCUCAUAUAUUAAUCCCAACUACUUUGGUCUUUGGUUACCUAGUAAUCGCUAUGGAUGAUGAUGCCGGCGACAAACUUAAAUCCGGACCUAUAAACAAAGACAGCAACAAGAAGCAUUUCUUGUUAAACCAUGCCGAAUCAACCACAGGCCAUUAUGAUGGCAAUAAUAUCCCUUACAAAGCGAUCAUUGAACCGUUCACCCAAUUCAUUGCAUCUGCCAGUAAUGAAGCACUCCUAGGUGUUUUUGCAUGUGUCACCAUAAUUACUACCAAAAUUUUAGGAAGACUUGGCUUCUUGCUAAUCGGGAUUAUCGUUGGCUUUGCCCUGCAUGCUUCAUGUGGGAGCAUAGUCAACGAUACUAUCGGGGACAUAUCAAGGAAGCACAAGUUCAAGAAGAGAGAACUCUGCCCAGCAUUAGCAGACCGACUGCCUGGUUGGAGAGACUUCACCUUCCACAGCAAUGGUCAUAAACCGAAUGAGAACGAGACACUAGUUGAGAAUGUGCAUUCAAUUGAUCCUGAUUUCCGCUCAUUCGGACCGAAAACAGCAGAUGCUUUAAAGUCAAUCACGGACCAGAUUCUCCGAGACUAUGUCGAGCAUUGGUCCAAGUCAGUGUUGCCUUCUGAGUCAAAUUUCACCCUUUCUUGUCGGAAAGUCUUGGUCAGUUUCGUGACAAGAUUGGGGUGGCAUAUUUGUCGCAAACGGCCGGCUGACUUGUUCCUGGAGCUUCUUGUUAACUCCAGCUCCCUAAUAAUUGUGUUCUUGAAUGAGUUGGCUACGGCAUUCAAUUCAGCUGGUUCUUCUGAUUCACCUGAGAGACUCAUUUCACGUUAUAUCGACCAUCAUCCAGAGAGCAAUCUGGCGAAUCUUUUGGGAAAGGAGCAGCAGCGAAAGAAGAUUUCCCUGGUAGCUGACGAUCUUCUGUCUGGAUAUCUCGAUUCGAACAUUUAUGAUUGCUUCUUGGUCAGGGAUUUCCUUAGCGAUGUACUCUCCAGCAUUCUCUCCGAAUCCGCCGUCUCUGUACUUUCGCGGCCAGAGACUAUCAAUGGGUGCAUCAUACAACUUCUCGGGGAAAGGGACCACGAAAUAAUGAAUGCGCUAGAUAUAGGCGUUGGAGAAGCCACUGAACAUGCCGUGGCAGAGAUGAAUAAAACCAGCUCAACGGUGAUAUCCGAUCCUACUUCAAAGUUUCUCGCCGAUAACACCAUUCCUAUGCGAACUACUGGGUCAGCUGUUGCCUGCCUAAAAGCGAAGGCAAAUAUGCAUGCCGAAUCCUCGCAAACCACUAGGCCGGCUGAACCAUCGCAGACGCAAGAAUCUGUUCAACUUUCACUCAAUCAUGGCUGUAACGAAGCUCCAUCUCACAGAGAUGCAUUAGACUCCCCGCCCCAAGUCGACCCUUACAAACAAUCGUCUUGCCCACGAGAAGAACAAGACACAACUAUGGAAACAUUGGAAAACAAGAAAUCAGCGCAUAAUCCGGUACAGGCUUUGCCCUCUCCGUCUGAACAUACAACAUCGCAACCCUGGGGUUCAUCACCUAGUACAAUGCUAUACCGUGCUUUUGUAACCGUCGAUCUCAACCUGGAUUCCGGAGGAAGUGGACCAUUCCGCUACAAGCCAGCCUGCGACUGCUUGCUUCAAAUUGAACCAUACUCCGCCCGUUCUACCGGCUGGAUGGUGUUUAGGAAAUAUGCAGACUUUGAAACUCUUCACAGGACUCUGGAGACAAUCUCGAGAUUGAACAAAAUCCAUGAAUUCUCAGAAGAAUAUCCAGUUGUACCUUCGUGGAAAGCUCAGACAAGGCAAGGUCUAGCGCAGGGCCUACAGAAAUAUCUUCGUUCUGCCCUGCAACACGAACCCUUGGCCGAAUGUGAAAAAAUGAAGUCUUUCCUUGACAAAGACGGUAGCAUGGGCACUGGUUCGACUGCUGCAGCAACAAAGACAGGACUGUCCUUCCCGGUUCAAAAUACUCUUGAGUCGGUGGGGAACAGUGUCCUUGGCGUGUUUGCCAAUGCGCCUAAGGGAGUUUCGGGAUGUAGCAAAGCUGUUUUUGAAGGAAUGACCGGCGUGUUUGGGGCAGGCGGUGCUAAAGAGCCUGCUUCCAACAAUGAUAUUAGCGAAUCCAAUCUCGAGCUCGUCCCGAAUUCAGAGGCCGAUCAGGAAUUUGUGGCCGGUCAUGGUUGCUUGACUCAGCAUGCGAAUGCCGGCAUGUCGAAUCAUUCUGCAAAGCUAUUUCAUGCUGUGGACGAAUCGCUAUCGUUCCAACCACGCGCCAAGAGACUCUCUGCCGAAGUUGUUGAGACGCCAGGAAGUGUAUCGCCUUCUGUGUCCCGUGAAGUCGCAGCCAGUGCAGAACACUUCGGACAUGAGGCUUUUAUCGCAUCUGUGGCUUCGAAAAUGGAACAUGGCUCCGCAGACCUUCGGCAGUCUUUGUCUUCCCAAGAGACAUCGAACGUAGCUGCUGACCGAAGCGACUGCCGGAUAUCACAGGCCGACGGACAGGAUAAAGUGACAGAGGAUAAUCCUAUUACACAGGAGGAAGCUCAGAUGGCCGUGGAACUUAUAUUUGCAGUGAUCAAUGAGCUUUAUACCUUGUCGUCUGCCUGGAAUAUUCGCCGAACUCUACUCAGUGCCGCAAAGUCCUAUCUCUUGCGUCCAGGAAACCCGAAGUUGGAGAUCAUUCGCGGCUUAUUUCAAGAUUCCUUGAUUGACACCCAUGUUUCUGACGAAGCAAUCGGUUCUUAUCUCAACAAGUUUCGUGAGAGCGCUCUUCCCACGAGAGUUGAGAUCAGAAGCAGGAGUGGUCCUGUAGGCGAGCCUGAGAAAGAACGCUUGAAAGAGACUGCGCGGGGGCUUUUUGUCGAAAAGGGUUUAUCGCAAACUUUGACUGGAAUCAUGGGAGCUGCUGCUAGUAAGGAAGCCUUGGGCAAAGUCUUUGACUGUCUUCAAGUUGAAUUCGUCGCACAAGGCCUCAUGUCUUCCCUGUUGUUACAAAUGAUGAAGGCGGUUAUCCUCUAG